CUGGAGUACAUUGUCCAUCACCAUCCUGAGUUGUAUGUACUUUCUCUGGGUGUCUGAUUGCAUUGUAAAUCACAUGACCUUCUCUAUAUCAACACACAGACGCCGUCAUCAUUGAAUGCAGCGAAGCUUGGAAGCAAAGCCAAUCAGUGAUGGAUUCCAAGCCUCGUCGGCUGCCCUUUACGGUGUCCGGCACCACGUCGUCUUAUUCUUCAUCCUCUUCCCCCUCCUCCCUGGGUUCCAGCAGACUCUAUGGAAGAACCAGUGUCCUGAACAGUGAUCGAUUCACCAGGGCCACACCCCUUAAACCUGACCUCGACCACCAGGUGUCUCCGAGCUCUCGGUUCCUCAGCUCGACCAGGGACUACAGUAGCUCUGACAGCCGCCACUCCAGCUGGAAAUCCCCUCUGACCACCUCCUCGGUCUCCUACGAUCGCUCCUGGGCCGAGUCCUCACUGAGCAGCCGCAGCAAACCGACUGAUUCAGAGCGAAGACUGGGGACGUACUCAGGACUUCUCAGCAACACAACUGAUGAUGGGGAUACCAAACGGGUCAAACUGUCCUAUACCAACAGAGCUGCAUAUACAAGAAGCCCCUCCUCCUCUGUGACUGGCUCCUCCUACUCCAGCAGUAUCCUCAGAGACACUGAUUCGUCGUCGUGGAAGUCGUACCGGCCUCUGUCCAGGUCGUCCUCCUCUUCUUCCUCCUCCUCUUCCUCCUCAGAGCCCCUGUGGUCCAGAAGGGAGCUGGAGAAGAGGACUGAGGGGAGGAGUCUGUCUAGUGAGGCUGACACCAGCUAUAGGAGCUCUGGACUCAGCUCAUCCCUGUACCGGCCAGACCGUGUGACCUCCACCUAUGCCCAGGGGGCCCGGCCCAAGGAGACCCUCUACUCUUCCUCUAGCAGGGAGAGCAGCUCCCUCAGUCGCCACCUCUCUUCCACUUACCAGCGCUUCCCACUGGCCCGGGACUCCACCACCUCCCGGACCACCGGCCACUCCCUGACCACCUCUACCUUCCGCACCACCAAGGAACCCACUGAGAGCCCAGAGCCCACUCUAGGAGCCUCCGUCUCCUCUCGCCCCUCGUCUUGGUACACAACCCCCUCAGCAAGACGGGAGGCCCGGGACUCCAGCCCCCCUCCCUCCGCGCCAACCACCACCCCCAGGACAACCCCAGAGGGUGGCGAGGCAUCCGAUGGACGUCGCUCCACCCGCCGUCUCCUCUCCCGCCUCUUCUCUCGGCGCUCCAGCCAGGACUCCAGUGGCUCCAGCUCUGGCUCCACCUCCCGCUCCUUCGACUCGGCCGAGGACAGCCCUGUCGUUGAAGUCCCCAGCCACACACCCGUGGCUACCAGCGAGGAGAGCGUCCGGCCCGUGAGUGUGGAACCCGUUCCCAGAGGCUCUGACGCGGCUCAGGCCUUUGCCUUCUUGAGGCGUCGCAGACAGGGCCUGUCCCCGGUCCAGGAAGGUCAGACCCAGCGUGGCCUGGAGGCCUGGAGAGGGGGCAGCACCAGUGGUGUUGGAAGUAGUACUUCAGGUUCCUCCUGGCUGUCGUCUUCCAUCCAGACCCGCUGCACUCCUCUCUUCUCCCGCCGUAGAAGAGAAGGACGGGACGAAAGCGCUCGCCUGGCAUCCGGCGCCGACGAGGAUUACCGUGGUACCCAGUUCCCCCUCAGGAGGAGAGACUCCCCCGAGGAUGAUGAGGAAGACGAAGAGGAAGUUGCAGCAGCAGCCUCGGGGACGAUGGGCGCUAGCGCCGCCCUACAGGAAGAGUUGAGAGACAUGGCGGGGAGUAGUCAGCGUUUGGCGAGGUUCAUGAGCAGCCCGCUGUUCCGCGUCCACGACAACGUCAUGAUCGCCGUGGACAUGACGGGCGCCGCCAGGAGCCAACCGGAGGGCCAGGAGAAGCCCACCUCCUCCAGAGACCCUGAGAGACUGAGGAAGAUCCAGGAGAGCCUGCUGUUGGAGGACUCUGACGAGGAGGAAGGGGACCUGUGUCGUAUUUGCCAAAUGGGUGAGGAGUCUCCCUCCAACCCUCUGAUCGAGCCCUGCCGCUGCACAGGCAGCCUGCAGUAUGUUCACCAGGACUGCAUCAAGAAGUGGCUGCGUUCCAAAAUCAGCUCUGGCACGAAUCUGGAUGCCCUCACCACGUGUGAGCUGUGCAAAGAAAAGCUGCACCUGAACAUUGAGAACUUUGACAUCAACGAGCUACACAGGACUCAUGAGAAGUCUGAGUACGAGUUCAUCAGCUGUGGCCUUUACCUGGUGGUGUUGCUUCACCUGUGUGAGCAGAGGUUCUCUGAUGUGCUAGGAGCUGCCAACGACGCCGGGUUUUUCAACCUGGCGAGAACCCUUCACGAACACAUGGACAAUCUUGAAAGCUCUUAUGGGGAAUCGGACGAAGAGGUGGUUGAUACUCGGCCGUCAAUCGAUUUCUGUGACCUCGAUGAAGACCUGGAAGAGGAGUACAAUUGACCGACGGGGGAUAAGGAAAAAUAGAUGGGGGGGCAAGCAGAAGAAUUGAAGGUGUUACCAGCUAGUAGCAACCCAUUCUGUUUCAUCUUGUGUGAUUUUACUGAGUGCAAUGGCUUGUGAGAUUUUCUUUAAAGCCAAUGCCAAGUAGAUGGGAAGUCACUCCUGACGUAGAGGUGACGAUGUCAUAGAUAUGCAGACUGACUUUGAAGUGGACCGAGGUGAGGAAAUGCUUUAUACCCCCCCCCCCCUCAAGGUCUCCAGAUUUGAGCUUUAUUCCGUUAAAAUGCAAGAUGUCUUUUUGAACUGUGAUACCACGAGUGCUUUAACUGUUUCCUGAUCUACAAAAGCAGAUCCGGCCACCGUGGUGAGAUAUUGUGUAAAAUUAAAAAAAGAGAGAAAUUGAAAAAGCUCCCAAACACAACACUGGUUCAUUAGUUUAGCGGGUUGGGAGAAAGGAAAGGGCUGUUUAGGGAAGAUUAUAUCAAAAAGUGGCAAAUUAUUCCCUUUACUGUUUACAGCUCAAUAAUUGACAGUUUGUUCUGUUUUUGUCUGUUUUCAAUGUUUGCGGUAUGAAAAUGCUAUUUUGCUUGGCUCUGAAACUUGUUUUCAUUUAAUUGUUGCAAUAAAGUUUUGAAUGUACA